CUAAAAGACAUAUCAUAAAUAAGUGGAGUAAAUACAGACACACAACUACUCUAGAGAGAGAGAUAUCAACAAGAAUGGCUAUGACCUCAUAAAUAAGUAGAGCUAGAAAAUCAUACUUCACACACACAAGUAAAAGAGACUAGUGAUGGAAGGGGAGAUCAACAACUUGAUCCUAGUUUGGAGCAUCGUAGUUGCCUCCUUAUGCUACACCCACAAAGUAGGCGAAAUCUUCCCCACCGGAAAACCAAGAAUCAUAGCAAUCUCCCCAAUAAUAUGCCUCUUCCUUGCCCUUCCUCUCAACUUCACCUCCAUACAUUUCGCAGGCAUCACUUCCUUCUUCAUCUCAUGGCUUGCAAGCUUCAAACUCAUGCUCUUCGCCUUCAACCAAGGCCCCCUCUCAUCCCACCCCCCAAUCCCCUUAUCCCGUUUCAUCCCCUUAGCUUGUUUCCCCAUCAAAAUCCAGCAACAACAACAACAUCCCAAAAUCUCACCUCACAAAUCCUCACCUCUAAACCACUUCACAAAAAUCAUCAUCCUAGCCCUCCUCAUACGCAUCUACGCCUACAAAAGCCACAUACAUCCCCACAUAAUCUUGCUGUGCUAUUCCUUGCACAUGUAUCUCAUGCUUGAGAUGAUCCUCGCCGUCUUCGCCGCCGUUGUAAAAUCUCUACUACGAGUCGAGCUCGAGCCCCAAUUCAACGAACCCUACCUUGCUACCUCACUGCAAGAUUUCUGGGGGAGGAGGUGGAAUCUGAUGGUGUCCAACAUCUUACACCCCACCGUUUACCGGCCGGUGAGGUCAGUCGCGGCCCGUUUCGUGCCGGGAAAGUGGGCCGGGAUCCCGGCGGUUUUGGCUACUUUUUUGGUCUCAGGGCUCAUGCAUGAGCUGAUUUUCUACAACAUUGGGAGGUUGAGACCGACUGGGGAGAUGAUUUGCUUCUUUCUGCUACAUGGGGCGUCUAUGUCUCUGGAGAUGGUGGUUAAGAAAUUGUGUGAUGGGAGAUUCAGGCUACCUCGGAUUGUUUCGGGGAGUUUAACGUUGGGGUAUGUGAUUUACACCAGUUUUUGGCUGUUUUUUCCGCCGUUUUUGAGGGCGAAAUCGGAUAUCAAGAGCUGCAGGGAGUCGCUUGCGUUCAUAGAGUUUGUUAGGAAUCAUCGGCUCGUGGGGCCCAGUGAUAUUUCUUGUCCGUUUCUAUGAGAUUUCAAGGUUGUGAUUCAUUCGACAAAUGAUGAAUGAGGUCCACGCUUGAUUUCAAUCACACUCUACAAAUAGCACAAUCACGGUGUCUGAGGCUAGAGCUCUCAUGGUCAUGGCGGCGAAUUUCGCUCUCGUUGGAUCCGUUUUGGAGUAGGAGGCAUCGGCUUCUGCUGGAGUGGUGGCACCGAUGUUCACGAUCAGCCGUGCUCUUGCCAUGGUGUUGCUAGUGUUCAGAUCUUUAUAUAUCUAUUUCGAUUUGUAUUCGAUAAUAUUUUUUUUAUCCAUUCACAAAAAAUAUAUACUUCAAAAAAAAUCCGAUGUUCAAAAUUUUUAUUAUUUUGAGACGUUUACAAAAA